GAGAGCGUCUUCACGUAAGACCGCAGGCAGGACGAGGGAGCACCAUCUUUCGCUGACAAGACUUCAGAAUUUGCUCGCUUUCCUUGUGCGAUGACGAGAAUACGCGCAUCAUAGGGUCACCGCCAGUCACGAAGAAGGCAAGGAUUAUGGGACCCCAGCUCAUGCAGGAGAGUGCAGCGAUGAGUAAUGGGGUGCACCACGAGGUGCCGGAGUUCCUGGGAUCAAAACGGAUGAUAAAUAGGCAGGAGUACAUCCGGCUCAUGGAGCAGAGCCUCCACCGGCUGGGCUUCAGCGCCGCAGCACAGCAACUGGAGCGUGACUCGGGCAUACAAAUGCAGCCGGUCACCGUCACGCAGUUCCAGGAUCACAUCUUCAAUGGGCGCUGGGAUGCUGCCCUGGCUUUGCUGCCACGCUUGACUUAUGACCCAACCGUCGCCUUGCAGGCUCGCUUCCUAAUCAUACAGCAGAAGUACGUCGAGGCUGUGGAAGCAGGCCACAUGAGUCUCGCGCUGCGCACCCUGAGAAAGGAACUGACGCCCCUGAAAAUCAAUGAGCCACAGCUGAGAAAGCUGGCAGGUUGCUUACUGCGGCAACAUGACGACCCAGUCAACCCGCUGAUAAAGGAUUUGGAGUGGGGCGUGCUGGAGGAGUGCAGCCGCGCGCAGCUCAUCUGGGCGCUGCAGCAGCGGCUGCCGCCCUCCAUCAUGAUCCCAGACAACCGCCUGGAGCAGCUGGUCGAGCAGGCCCUGGAUGCUCAGGUUGCUAAGUGCCCGUACCACAACACGCAGCACUUUCAGAUCUCGCUCUUCAGCGACUACCAAGCAGGCAUAGAGCAGCUUCCGACACACCCAAACCAGGUGCUUGAGACGCACAGGGAUGAGGUGUGGCACGUGCAGUUCUCCAACAGCGGCUUACUACUGGCGUCUGCGUCAAAGGAUGCCACGGCACAGAUCUGGCGCAUCGGCCCCACAGGGGAGGCCGUGCACAUGCACACACUGACUGGACAUGACAAAGCGGUGGCCUUCCUGACGUGGAGUCCUGAUGACAGCCGCCUGCUCACCUGCGGCAGUGAUCAUGAGGUGCGGUUGUGGAACACAGACACAGGGCACUGCGCACAGGUGUACAAGCACCAGCAGAACCAGGUGUCCUCCUGCGCAUGGCAGCCCGACAGCAAGCGCUUUGUUGUUGGCACAGCAGACAGGAUUAUGUACACGUAUGAUGUGGAGGGCCAGCUGCUGCGGCGGGUGAAGCUGCUGCGCAUCAACGACCUGGCGCUGACGCGCGACGGCACUGUCAUGGUCACCGUCAACCAGGAGAAGAUCAUCAAGGUCCAGCGCGUGUCCGACAACAGAGAAGCCCGAGAAAUGGCUGUGUCGGUAUCGGAGUCGGUGGCCAUCAUGAGCAUGGCGCUGUCCCCUGACAAUGCCUGGAUCCUGGUCAACCUGUCCUCGCACACCAUCCACCUGUGGCCCAUGGAGCCCAUGCUGCGCCAGCUGGACGCCUUGCACAGCGGCCAGAUCAGCCCCGAUGAGGCGGUGCAGUGCAUGACGGAGCCGGCGAUGGAGUACAAGAUGGACCCCAACCGGCAGCCGCGCUUCAUCAUCCGCUCCUGCUUCGGCGGCUCCAACGCCUCCUUUGUGGCCUCCGGCUCAGAGGACUGCCGGGUGCACAUAUGGCACCGGGAGAGCGGGGAUCUGCUGGCGCAGCUGGAGGGCCACUCCGGCACAGUCAACAGCGUCUCCUGGAACCCCACCAACCCCUUCAUGCUCGCCUCCGCCUCCGACGACAAAACCGUGCGGAUCUGGAUGGCCCCACUCGCCCUCAACCACAGGCCUGCCAGCUAG